AAUUGAGGGUGAUCUUGUCCCUUUUGCAUCGACGACUGUCUCGUGGAUUUUCCCCUUUGGAUCUUCGUAGAAACUUUCCAGAAUGUUGGAUUGUUGGAUCGCUCGACCAACCACGGACCGGGCAAAGCAGGGGGCCCCGUCCUCCAGAAUGUGCUCGACUCGAGUCUGGAGACCGACUGGGGCACCCACCAAAUUCUCCUUGCGGACGACGUCCGACUGACAACCUCCAGUCGUACAUACUUUCGCCAUCGCGUGAAUCCGGUUAAGAUCCUCGCCCAGCACCCCAAGCUUUCACUAAUCCAGUUAAGACCGUCCGAAGCGUGUAGCCAAGGAGCCCAAUUUGCUUGUUUUCUUGCCCAGUGAGCUUCGCCCUUCUGGGGCCGCAGGGAAUCUGCCCUGGUCGACGUGGGCCGACACAGGAUGCGAUGACACACUUGGCUGGCGUCUGGAUCAUGGUGGGAGGGGAUGGAGUGAGGGCAUAAAAUGCCGCAUUCUUUUCACCCCGUGGGCUUUUUUUCACCCUGUCUUCCCCAGCAUUUUCUCUCCAUCUUCUCGCUGGUCGUGAACUGGUUGGAACUUCAUUUGCUACUCUCCCAUCUGUCGUGCCUGUGAAUACAUCCAACAUGGCCGACCAAGAAAAAACCGAGCUCGAGGCCCUGGAGGUCGUUCGCGAACGCGGCCAAGAAGCCGACGCCUUCAUCGAAGACAUGGAGCGUCAACUCGAAGCCGCCGGCGGGCUCAAAAAGGGCUUCUUCCAGCUCGAGUUCAACGACCCGCGACACUUCACCUGGCUCCUCGUCGCCUUUGCGAGUAUGGGUGGUCUGCUCUCCGGUAUCGACCAGAGUACCAUUUCCGGCGCGAACCUGUACCUCCCCAAGGAUCUGCACCUCGAUGCGCGCCAGAACAGUCUGGUCAACUCGGGGAUGCCGCUUGGUGCUGUUGGUGGUGCCCUGAUUUUGUCGCCGUGUAACGAGUACUUUGGGCGCAAGUGGGCGAUUAUGAUUUCCUUGAUCCUGUAUACGAUUGGUGCGGCGCUCGAGGCGGGAUCGAUUAACUAUGGUAUAAUUGUUGCGUCGCGUGUGAUCCUCGGUGUUGGUGUCGGUCUCGAGGGAGGUACUGUCCCCGUCUACGUCGCAGAGACUGUCGAGCGACGAAUUCGUGGAAACUUGGUCUCGCUCUACCAGUUCAACAUUGCCCUCGGUGAAGUUCUCGGAUAUGCUAUUUCCGCCAUGUUCCUGCGCGUCGAGGGAAACUGGCGGUACAUCCUCGGAUCUUCGCUCGUCUUCUCCACCAUCAUGUUCGGCGGAAUGCUCUUCCUCCCAGAGAGUCCCCGCUUCCUCAUCCACAAAGGCAAGACCCUCGACGCAUACAAGGUCUGGAAACGCAUUCGUGGUGUCGAAACUCCCGAGUCUCGCGAUGAGUUCUUCGUCAUGACGGCGUCCGUCCGCCAGGAAGAGAACGAAGUCCACGAGGGCGCUCAGAACAAGCGAUUCCCUUGGAUGGAUUUUUUCACCGUCCCCCGCGCCCGCCGCUCCCUCAUCUAUGCAAACAUAAUGAUCAUCCUCGGCCAAAUGACCGGAAUCAACGCCAUCAUGUACUACAUGAGCACAUUGAUGAACCAGAUCGGAUUCGACGAGGAAAACGCAAACUACAUGUCUCUCGUCGGCGGCGGCGCCCUUCUCCUCGGUACCAUCCCGGCCAUCUUCCUCAUGGAGAAAUUCGGCCGUCGCUUCUGGGCCAUCAUUACUCUCCCCGGGUUCCUCGCUGGUCUCGUCCUCAUUGGCGCGAGCUACCAGGUUGAUCUGAAGACGAACCUUGUUACCGUCGAGGGACUGUAUUUGACUGGCUUGAUCAUGUAUCAAGGGUUCUUUGGGUCUUAUGCUUGUUUGACGUGGGUCGUCCCCGCCGAAGUCUACCCAACCUACCUCCGCAGCUACGGCAUGACAACCUCCGACGCCCUCCUCUUCCUCAUGUCCUUCAUCGUAACCUACAACUUCACCGCAAUGCAAGACGCAAUGGGCAAGACUGGUCUCGCGCUGGGCUUCUACGGCGGCAUCGCGCUCGUCGGCGAAAUCUACCAGAUCUUCUUCAUGCCCGAGACCAAGGACAAGACGCUCGAGGAGAUUGAUGCCGUCUUUGAACGGCCCACCAUGGAUAUUGUCCGCGAGAACUGGGCGGGCGUUAAGCAGAAUUGUGUCGAUUUGGUGUGUGGACGGUGGAAGAAGGUUUUUGUCGAGCAGGGACGUAGGAGGGAGAGUGUGCUGGAGGUUCAGGAGAAGACGCUUGCGUAGGUUGUCUGAUCCUAGGAUUGGUCGCCGAGUCCAUAUGCAUGCUCUAUGGAGCCUCAUACCAGGAUGUAUGUCGUGGUAAUUGUCAAGGCCCAUGAAGAGGGCCAGGUAUAGACUAUAUUUAUCAAAGAAUACUUUAUCGUUCGCGAGCCGUCCUUCCUCUCAUGUUCUCUAGUACGUCGAAGGAAUAGUACUAAAUAAUUUUGAAUUGUACUUCCUUGAAACAAAAAUGCUCUUUGCUCCCACUGUUUCAUGCUCCCAGAAUCUAAUGCAUACUCUUACUCGGGGCUGCCCCUGGCCAAGACCCUUUUGUGCAGCCUGGAGGGGAAAAUUCUUUUCCUCACCUUGCAGUCUGGGCACGACCCACUCUCGGCCCCAGCCGGAGCCGUGGUGGAAACAGAAAGAACUGAAAAACACAAAAAGAAAUGACCUACGCAGGGAUCGAACCUGCAAUCUCUUGAUUCGUAGUCAAGCGCCUUGCCAUUGGGCCAGCAGGCCAUGUUGUUGAAAAUGU